CUCAAACGCGAGCGACAUGUUAACGCGACUACUUCUAGGUCUGCUCGCAGCACUGUUGGUGAGUCCCACAAUUGGCUCCAAGGACAUCGAUUGGUGGGAGAAUGCGGCGCUGUAUCAGAUUUAUCCGCGAUCCUUCCAGGAUACCGAUGGCGAUGGCGUUGGCGAUUUAAAUGGCAUUACGCAACGUCUGGCGUAUCUGAAGGAAAUUGGCAUCACAGCCACUUGGCUAUCGCCGAUUUUCAAGUCGCCCAUGUCAGAUUUUGGCUAUGAUAUAUCGAACUUUAAGGAAAUUGAUCAGAUCUUUGGCACAAUGGAUGAUUUUGAUGCCAUGAUGGUGCAAGCCAAGAAACUGAACUUGAAGAUUAUACUGGACUUUGUGCCGAAUCACUCGAGCGAUGAGUGUGAGUGGUUCCACAAAUCUGUGCAACGACUCGAUGGCUACGAUGACUUCUAUGUGUGGCACGAUGGCAGGGUGAAUGCGGAGACGGGUGAACGCGAACCACCCAGCAAUUGGGUGAGCGUUUUCGGUGGAUCACAGUGGACCUGGCAUGAGACGCGACAGCAGUAUUUCCUGCACCAGUUUCAGGUGAAGCAGCCGGACCUAAACUUCAGUAAUCCCAUGGUGCGCGAGCAUAUGCUGGACGUGCUGGGCUUCUGGCUGGAUCGGGGAGUCGAUGGUUUUCGCAUCGAUGCCGUGCCGCACAUUUACGAGCUUCGGAAUGCCGAUGGUAGCUACCCUAACGAGCCGCUAAGUGGCUGGAACAGCGAUCCCAAUAGCUACGACUAUCUUGAUCACAUCUACACCAAGGAUCAACCAGAGACUGUGCAGCUAAUGUACGAAUGGAGGGAUUACUUGAUAAAAUAUCAGGCAGAGCAUGGUGGCGAGACACGUGUGCUCCUGGCAGAGGCGUACAGUUCAGUGGAAACGCUGAGCGAUUACUUUGGCAGUGGCGAGCGGCAGGGCACCCAAAUGCCUAUGAACUUUCAGCUGAUGUAUCUUAACGGCUACUCAACAGCCAAGGAUGUUGUCGGUGCUAUUGACUAUUGGAUGCAGACCAUGUGGACGAAUCACCAGACGGCCAAUUGGGUGGUGGGCAAUCACGACACACAGCGUGUGGCUGAUAGGAUGGGUGCACAUAAGGUGGAUCUGCUCAAUGUGAUUGUGAAUGCACUGCCAGGUGCCUCGGUUACCUACUACGGGGAGGAGAUUGGCAUGUCCAAUGUGAAGACUGAGUGCACUGAGAUCUCAUGCGAUGAUCGGGAUGGCGAAAGAACGCCCAUGCAAUGGUCUCCAGCUACAAAUGCCGAUUUCUCCACGGCUGAGAAAACUUGGCUGCCCGUUGGUUCCGACUUUCAGCGUUAUAAUGUGAAAACUGAAAGGGGCGUGGCUCGUUCCUCGUUGCAGGUGUUCAAGGGUCUGCAGCAGCUAAAGAGUUCCGCUGCUUUUAUGGCCUUCAAGCAGACGAAUGGAUUCUCCUACACGGCAGUCACGGAACAGGUCCUCCAGAUUGUGCGCACCAAUAAUCACAAUGAGGAGUAUCGCAUUCUAGUCAACAUGGGCAAUAAAAUGGAAAUAAUUGAUGCUCUGGUGGAUAGAGUAUUUGAAUACAUACUUGUGACGGCCUACUCUGUACACACACCUGGAGAGACUAUUGAUCUGAAAGGGCGAAUAAUACUGAUGCCAUAUGAAGCAAUCGUACUACGCUGGCUGGCCUGAGUCACGAGUUUGAAUUUAGUCAGUGCAUUUCGCAAUCUUAAUCAUGAUUGAAGCUAUGUGCCAUAUAACUCAAUUAAAAGCAGCUUGGUAGUUUA